AUGACGGGGUGCCUGUGGCCGUGCGUGGGAGCGGCAGUGGCUGGGGAUGGGGCCGGCCACCGGAAGGCGGGGCUGUUCCGCUCCAAGCCCAGGACCCCCGCGGAGGUGGUGCAGCACGUCAGGGACCUGGUCACCUACGUCCUCGACAACAAGGACGGCUGCUGCGGCGGCAAGCGCGACGCCAAGCUUGAGCACAGGAUGGUAGAACUAAGCAAAGGAAUCAAGGAGAUGAAAGGCAUUCUCUACGGUAAUGGCGAAGAAGAUCCUUGUGAAGAAGCUUGCAAGCAAUUGACUAAGGAGUUCUUCAAGAAGAACACUGACACCUUCCGUCAACUAAUUGUUUCCCUUCAAUACGUGGACUUGGAAACACAAAAGGAUGUUACUCAAGUGAUUGCAAAUCUGCAAAGGCAAAAGGUUGAUUCAAGAUUGGUUGCCUCCGAGUACUUGGAAGCUAACUUGGAUCUUUUGGAUAUUUUGAUGUCUGGGUACGAAAACUUGGACAUCGCAAUACAUUAUAGUACUCUAUUGAGAGAUUGCAUACGCCACCAAGUUGCUGCAAGGUACGUAUUGGAAUCUCCACACUUCAGGACUUUCUUUGAUCAUAUACAGUUUCCAGACUUCAAUAUACAAUCAGAUGUCUUUAAAACUUUUAAGGAACUCAUGACACGGCAUAAAUCAAGUGUUGCUGAGUUCUUUUCCAAGAAUUAUGAUUGGUUCUUUGCGGAAUUCAACUCGAAACUGAUAUUAUCUGCUUCCAACUACUUCAUCCGAAGGCAAGCCGUUCAACUCUUGCGAGACAUUCUUUUGGAAAGGUCAAACAGUGCAGUGAUGGUGCGCUAUGUUAGUUCGAAAGAGCACCUCAUGAUUCAUAUGAACCUUCUAAGGGAUGAAAGCAUAGCUAUUCAAGUAGAGGCUUUCCAUGUCUUCAAGCUGUUCGUCGCUAACAAGGAGCAGCCACCUGAGAUCACCAGCAUACUGCGCGCCAACAGAAGCAAGCUCCUGAGGUUCUUGAAAGACUUCACCACCGUGGAGAAAGACGAUAAGAAGUUCGAGGCCGAUAAAGCUACGGUCAUCUCGGAGAUCCUAGCGCUGGUUGGCGCUGAAAAGCAGUAG